AUGGGCAACGCGCUUGGGGAUGUGUCAAAUUAUGCCUGCUGCACAACGCGGGGGGACGAAGCCGCUGCAUUGCUUGUGAAAAACAGGCACCACUCUUGGCAGGAUGUUCCAGAGACUGAAGAGUUCCAAGUCUUCUUUGACUGCUACGAGACUCGGGAAGAGAUGCUACAGCGCACGUUCUCUGGCGAGUCUGAACAUCGCCCACGCAGAUGGCCACUGGAGCGCCGGGGCAGUGGAGAAUUGCCCCGCAACCGCCCGCUUUCUUUGGUGCCGGAGGCUGGUUUCCGCACCUUUGCCGAGAGGGCAUCAAUACGCCAGCUGCCGGAACCAACGUUCAGGGAUGACAUGCCGCUUCUUCCAGAAGAUGUCUAUGAAGACCUUGUGCCUGUGCUCAAGGAGGAGGUGCUGGACCAAUGGCGGCGUCGCAUGGAGGAGGGUGAUCUCGACGAGCAGCUGCAGAAGCAGCUUCAGGUGGGCUUCCCAGAACUGGAAGAGUGGACUUCACUCUCCACCGUACGGCGGAUGCUACGAGCAUCCCAGGGAAAUCUGGCACAGGCCACACCAAUGUUGAUGAAGGCCAUCGAAUGUCGUGUUCGGGAACGCGAACUGUUUCAGUGCAUGCGAUGCAAGGCGGCUUGUGACAUGAGGAUCAUUGGACGGGAUCGACAGAACCGUCCGACGAUUUACAUUAGUGCACGGAGCCAGACAGAGCCUCUGCGAGCUCUUAUCCCACAAGUCUUCCUGGCCUUUGAGGCAGCGACGCGGCUUGCUCAGGAGGACGGCCAGGCAAUUCUGGUUGCUGACAUGAUCCAGUUGCAGCCGCAGCUGAACAUGGAUCUUUUCGCUUUUAAAGAUCUAGCCAACAACUUUGGAGUGGUUUUUGCGGAUCGUCUGAACUGCAUCCUCAUUGUGGAUUUUUCGUGGGUGGCGCAGGCUGUCUGGUCCACCCUCAAGCCGUUUCUCAGCGAGCGCACGCAGAGAAAGAUCAACUUCCUCAGCGAGGCAAAGGCCCGGUCCUUCGUCAGCCAGAACUUCUCCGCUGCGACCCGCGACAGGAUCUUCAGCUCCUUCGACAUCAACCGGGAUGAGCUAAGCACGCAGGAGGACAGAUUUGCCCAUGCGCUUCGGACUGCCAUUUGCGAUGUGCCAUUGGGGGAGCUACGAGCUGCAGACGAGGCGCUGGUGGGUGUCUGUGGGAAUCCAGGUAAGAGCGGUGUCAAAUCUAGUAGCUGUUGCCGCUGUUGCCCAGGCCGGGUAAGGGAACAUUGUGCAAGCAAUUCAGCGCAGGGCUGGCUGGCCGCCACUUUUGAAACAUGUGAUGUCGGCAGCUGCUCUGGUUCCUUCCAACCUAGCAAGGCAUUCUGGUGCACACCUGCCAUCUACAUGCUUCCUUACGGGUCCAGCAUUAGUAUUAGCAGCAUGUUGGCUGUCAAGAUGAUCAGAGCACAGAACAUCCUAGGGCAGGGCUCCGACCUGAGUCUGUCAGCUGAUUCCUGGAACCACCAAGUGGAGGAGUCAAAAAGCUGUUACCGCCAUCUGGUCAUCCGAGUUUCAGAGUGCACAAGGGGCAUGCUUGCAUGUGGUGCCUUGCGCUCCACAGCAAGGCCGAAUGGUUUAAGAGCCGACACCAAAAGUCCGCCCCGGUCUGCGCCUUCAGAGCUAGAAAGGCACACAGACAAGAACCUUACGUCGCCAGAGUCAGAGUGCUUUUCUGGGAAGAUGUGGGCUCCUUUGAGAUGA